CAUUAUUGAUUAGUGUAUGUAAAAUGCAUGUGAUCAUCACUCCAUAUGUAUGGUGAUUUGUGCACAGGAAUGAGGCUGUGUGUUGUUGUGGUGUGUGUGGCUGUGGGAGGGUCAGUGUGCUGACGUCAGUGCCGGGGGUUCAGCUGGACUGACUGACCGCUGGAUCUGCCGGAUCACUGGAGGAGCUGCUCACUGUGCGCGCGCCCGUGCGGAGUUUCCAGCGCAAGGAAGUUUUGAGUGUGGAAUAUUCUGGUCACUGCUCUGAAAUCUCAGCCGAAUCGAGUCCAUCAGAACAGACACUUUAACACUGAACAUGAAGAGCUUCACAUGUCUUAUAGCUGUUCUUCUGUGUCUGAGAACUGCAGCUUCAGACUCCAGUGCGAUCUGUGAGCUGGAGAAUGUUCAAGGAAACAGCAAUGAUUGGAUCGACCUGCAGAAAAUGCAUCAGGGAUGCUGGACGGACUUUACCACCCAGGACGGGGCAGAAGUCCACAUCCUCAGCCUGCUGUCCUCAAAAGUGAGUUGGCUUUGGGAUCACUGUGUGUUUCAUGGAUCCAGUACAAACCAGCUGCUAGACAGACUAGCUCAGACCAGCAUGAAGUGGUUCAGUGCUGCGCUGGUUCAGACUUUUAAAAAGAGUACUUUUUUUACAACAUAUUUGCAGUUGGUUAAAAAAUAUAUUUUUUUUUCUGCCAAAUGGGCUAAGAUAUUAAAUUCAGGAACCAUUCUUGUAUUUUCACAGGAACGACACGUGAUGUUCUCACUCAACGUAACUGCGGAGAACUGUAUUCUGAUCAUCACCUCCACCAGCACACAAAACUAUGUCCAGCUUCAGCACAACCCCACAGUGAAGAUCUUCGUGACGAAUGGGACUGAAAUAAAGUUUUACCCAAAGAUAGGAUCUUCAGAUACACUAGCUGCUCCGUCCGCAGACGGAGAUUCUGAGCUUCUGAAAUGGGCAGUAGAGAAGUUUGGAGGAGUCACAUCCUUCACCGUGGCACAAGAUCCCACAAGCAUCACUUUCACUGGGAUGACGGGCAAGCACGUCCAGCGACCCUCCACAUGUGACCUGCAGCCGGAAACACCUAAAGAUAAACACUUCAUCAAGCUGGAGCUGUUUGAGCCAUCGAAUGAGCUGAGAUCAUGUUACAUGAAGCAUCCCGGAGUACAACUGCACGUGAUUAAUAUUCCUGAUGACGACAGAGCAAGGAAGGUGUCUGUGCAUUUGUCAUCUGAGUCGAAUCUACUCCUCAGAGGUCCACCAAAAACUGAGUGGACAAUCCACACGAAUCACAGUAUCAAAUUUGUGUCUAACAAUCUUAUAACCUUCAAUGGCAGAAGUGUACAUCUAAAGAAGGAGAUCUCAGAUAAUGCUACAGACAUCAGACAGAAGGUGAUGUCACUUUUCAACAGCACCAUCAGCAGCUACUCUGAGAUCCGUCUGAACGCGCCACACAUCCAGCUGCGGAUCACAGACAACACCAGCUCCUCAGUACCAGCAGAAGUGAAGUGCACCACACCGGCACCCACUACUUCUUCGGGUCCUUUGGAGAUGAAGCUGUACUCGUCUCCAGACUACAAGUCACCUCUGGAUCCCAGCAGCAAAGUUCAGCUUGACAAAAGGGUCUAUGCGGAGAUCUCAUACACUGGAGACCUCAAGUUAAACAUUAUGGUCAGCAGCUGUUUGGUUCAUUCCAUGCCAGAGGUGAGGAACAUGCCGUUCAAAGAGGAGGCGUGUAACAAUAAAGAUUGUCCCAAGAGACUCAGCUUCUCCUUGGAAAUGCUUCAGGACUUGCCAUCCAGCUCAUGGGACCUUGAAUGUGCAGUUAAACUUUGUUCGAAGGGACAAAACAUGAAGUGUGCAAGUAAAACAAUGAAAGUCAAGAGGAACUUGCAGGUCAAGCCAUAUAUACCAACCCUUAUACCAAAUCCGUGUUUUGAGUUCAGACUCUCGGCUGUUCUGGGAAUCGCGUUCGGAGGAUUCCUGAUCGGGGUUCUCCUCACCGGCGCUUUAUGGUUCAUUAAGAUACGCACAGGGCAUCCUGUGGCUCUGGGAAUGAGAUCAACAGCGGCCGAGCUCUCAGUCCUCUCUCUAUCAGGAUGCCCAUGUGGUCUGACCAAACGCCAGCCCGUGCCCACCCACUCGUCUCCCUCAGAGGACAGCAGUGCCAACGCUAGCAUCGGCAGCACCCAGAGCACGCCCACCAGCAGCAUGGCAUAAUGCCGUCGCCAUCCGUCCCUCCACACCUAACACUCCCCCUCUUGCUCCACGCCUCCCAUCGUCCCGAGCGAGAGAAAACAAGAGGCAGUCCUGAAAUGUUCCCUGUACCUCACACUACUCGAUUUGCUCACCCGGCUACGGGAAGUCAGCAGGGACAAAGAAUAAAAAAAGAAAAAGCUUGGCUCCCAGAGACAGGAAAAACAAUGCAUAACCCCCAGGAACUAACAGGAAAUUCAUCGCAUUCUUGCGCCGGUGCCUCUCUGAUGGAGGCGAAAUAAGAUUUCACAGACAAACAGAGGUCUGACGCAUCAGUUCGCUUUCAGACACGGCUAAAUGUAGCUCAAAGAGACGACCAAACAAACGUCAGACCGCCUCGUAUCCAAACACUCAGCUGUGGAGUGAUAUGAUGAAACAUUAAAAAAAUCAAAACAGUGGACACCAAUAAUAAAAGGAAGCAUUUUUAUGUUACUGAAAAGGCUGUCUCGCAUGGGACAGACUGGCUACCUCGGAGUCUCUGUGGAUGUAGAUUUGUUAAAUAUUUACUUGUCCAAAACUAGAAACAGUGGCUGAAUCUCAUGAAAUCUGCCAAAACACGUCAUAUUUAACCCUCAAAUCAAUACAAAGACAAAAUAAAUUGCAUUGCAAUCUCAUUUUUUUGGAUUAUAGUAGUAUUUGUUUAAAUGCUUUUAAUUUGCUAAAUUGAAAAUUGUUAAUUUAAAUAAAAUAUUAUUAAUAAUAUUAUUAAUAAUAAAUUAUAAUAAUCCAUUUUCUUUAUGCAAAAUGUUUUUUUUUUUUUCUUCUUUUGAUUAUGGGGUGAAAUAUGACCCAACAUGUUUUCAUGAGAUUUGUAUGUUUUUUUUGUUUUUUUUCCCCUCUCAAAUCAAACACUUACCAAAGAUUAAAUGGUAUACUCUAAAAAAUGCUGGGUUAAAAACAACACAAGUUGUGUUGAAAAUGGACAAACCCAGCGGUUGGGCUAAAUGUUUGCCCAACCUGCUGGGCAGUUUUAUUUAACUCAACUAUUGUUUAAAAAUGACUAUAUGACUGGCUUAAAAUGAAACCAAAAUAGGUUGGAAAUUAAAAAUCAGACACAUAAUUACUAGAGGCAACAAUAAUAAUCAAAAGGUGAACAUUUAUUAAUGAGCAAUUUAAUAAAUGUUUAUUGUUUAAUUAUUAUUCAUUAAACAUAUUAAUAAAUGUUCAUUUAUUAAACAUAUUAAUAAAUGUUCAUUUAUAGCAAGAAAUAUAGUAAUUUUUAAACAAUAGUUGGGUUAAAUAAGACUUCCCGACACGUUGGGCAGACAUUUAACCCAACCAUUGGGUUAAAACAAUCUAAUCCCUGGGUUUGUCCAUAUUCAACCCAACUUGGGUUGUUUUUAACCCAGCAUUUUUUAGAGUGUAUGUUCAUUAAAUUUUGUAAUUUUGUCAUGGAAAUGUUGUAAUUAGCAAUAGUAAUUAAGCAACUUCAAAUAUGUUUGUUUUUGUGUGUGUGAGACUAUAAUAUGUUUAUGCUGUAGAUUCAGUAUAUAGUAAAUUCAUGACUUCAGCAGCUGGCCUGAGGUUUUUAUAUUUUGAAUAUUUGAAGAAAAAACAUGUCCAGUGAAAAUGAGCCCAACAAAACCAAAAACUCUUGUGAUGUAGCUUAUUUUACAACAGUAUACUGUAUACUACACAUUUCAUGUGAAUUUAUUCAUGUAUUUGUAGAUUAAUUUUAUUUGUCUGUGUAUGUGGGAAGAGCACAAGAGACAUAAAGUUGGUCAAAAAUUAAAGGGUGGUUCACCAAAAUCAUCAUCAAUUAUCAACCCUCAUGUUAUUCCAAGCCUGUAUGACUUUCUUUGAAAGGAGACGUUUAGCACAAUGUUCAUGCUGCUCUUUUGCAGACAGUGACCAGAUGCUGUCAAGCUUCAAAGAGCAUAAAAGUAUUCAUGCACCACAUCCCAUGUCUUCUGAAAUCACGUGGUAGUUUUGUAUUGAGGAACAGAGCCAAAUUUGAAUCGUUUUCAGUGCGUUGCUGAAGUAUAUAUGAAGCGUACAGCUGUGAACUGUUCCUUUAACAUCAGGUGGAUGUGAAAAGCAGGAAAAUGCCACUUGAGCAUUUGUGCAAUAUCUGUGGUAUUAUUUUAUGUCCGUAUAAUUGUUUGUGUCUGUAUGUAAACUUUUAUACUGCAUUUUUAUAUUAACUUUUAUAAAUAAUAUUUGUACUGCAUGUUCUGUCCAUUUCCAUUUAAAGCACUUACAGAAUGGUCAUUAUCUGAAGUCAUAUUUGUUCAGUUCCACCCCAUUUUGAAGAAUUAUUUUAAUCCAAUUUGACAUACUUUAAAUUAAAUCAUGAAAAUAAUGUUCUAGCAUGUCUGCUUGAUCAAUUACCAAAGAAGCAUGUCAAAUUAUUCAGGAAAAUAAGAUUUUGGAUAAAAUAUUGUGUUGCAAAAAUGUGUCAACCCUCCUGAAAGUUAUUAAAUAAAACUAAAUAAAAGAAA